AUGGAUACACGGGAAGUGCUGCUUUUACUGGUAUGUCUGUCCUUGCAGGGCGAUAUGCGGUCAUCCUACACAGCACUAAGAACCCAACUGGUGUCGGCCAUGUCGAUAGCGAACCAAGAUUUGGAACGUUAUUUCCGAUCUGUGAACAGCACCCAAACAAUGGCUGCCGAAGAGCGCAUAGCGGUAGACAUUUACACCUACGCCUUCCUCAACUAUAGCUACGUAGAAAAUCAAGAGGUACAAUACAUCAAUUUCAAUGAGGAGAAGGCUCGCUACGGGGAGGGCAAGAUUUUCAAUGUACAAGGCAAGUUGGUGCACAUAAGCGAUGCCGAGGACGUUAAAGACGACACGGCGUGUUCCAGCAAUAUUCUGGGCACUAAUGGCCAGCCAACGCCGGCCGAGGGCAUUUCGUGGAUUGCUUUAGUCCGCCGAGGUCGCUGCACCUUCGAAGAGAAAGUCAAAAAUGUCUACAACAAGAAAGCAUUGGGGAUCAUAAUUUACAAUGACAAGACUGUGAUGAACUUGGAGAAAAUGCAAAUCAAGGACAAGUCCCGUAAUAUAACUGCUGUGAUAACCUAUCAAGACAUUGGCCAAAAUAUGGCCAUGAGACUGGAUGAGGGCGUAGACGUGACCGCGCAUAUUAUUGAGGGCAGGAGUGGAAUGAGACCCAUAAACAGUCUGAACAGAACAUCUGUCCUGUUUGUGGCGAUCUCCUUUAUUAUUCUAAUGGUAAUUUCGCUGGUCUGGCUAAUAUUUUAUUAUAUACAAAAAUUCAGAUACAUGCAGUCAAAAGAUCAACAGUCCCGCCACCUUUGCUCCGUCACCAAGAAGGCCAUUAUGAAAAUACCCACAAAGACUGGCAAAAGUACAGAUGAAAAGGAUGCCGAGUCUGACUGCUGCGCCAUAUGCAUUGAGGCAUACAAACCAUCGGAUCUCAUACGAGUAUUGCCAUGCAAGCAUGAAUUCCAUAAAAACUGCAUUGACCCGUGGCUAAUAGAACACCGCACUUGUCCCAUGUGCAAACUGGAUGUACUUAAAUUCUAUGGCUAUGUGUUCUUGGGCAGCGAAGAAAGCAUUCUGGAAUACGAACCGGAUCCAGUCGUGAAUAGCAACUCUAACCCUAACGCUCCUAGCCAAAGACAAAGCGGUGCCUUGGCAGAUUUAAUUCGCAGUCGCGAUUUUGUUAUAGAUUUCCCCAGGAUAUUCGUUUUAGAGGCUGGCAGCAGCUCAGGACGAAGGGAUUCUCUAUUAAAUCCAGAUCUGCCGGAAAGAUCACAGUCUUCAAUAGGGUUUCCUCAAGCCAAAGAUUGGAUGUAUUCCAUGGCCAACAAGCUGGAAGAGCAGCAUGGUUUGAGGAAGACCCGUAAGUCUAGCCAAAGAACAGAAAUGCAAGAGAAUCUGUUAAUGGUGCGCUACGACUCCGUCAGAACACGAAGAUCUCGCUCAGCCGAAGGCCGUUAUUUCCUGCGACCGCAGGAAAGUGACAAAGUUACUGAUACGGAAGGAGCCUGUGGCGGCAGUGACACACCUUCCCAGAAUAUUAGUCGUCGCAAUAGUACCACUUCCACUAUAUUGGUCCAACCCACGCCAACAUUGAAAUCCGACAUGUUAAACAACCGCAUCAAGUCGAAGACAACUAGACGUGGAAGUGCCAAAGCAACCGACAACACAAAAUCAGAGAUACCACUCCACGAAAACGGUUGCGAUCCGGAAGUGAUGGUCCGCGCUAAUAUCAGAAUCCAAAUAAACGAUGACGAGAGGACCAAUGUGGACUUGCCGUGA